AUCCCGCGUCAGCACGUCUACAAAAGGGAUCCCUGGUUGGUCGAAUCCACAUCCUGCCUCGCCAUCAAUACUCAACAUCCACAAUGAACUCGAUCCUCGCUUCCAACGCAUCAACCACACCUCGCUACGCCGCCAAUGACAAUGCCCAGCCCGCUCCAGCCGUCGACCCUGACAUGGACCCGAGCUGGUCGACCGAGUACAAGGCGCGCAAAGUCGCAGGUGGUACCACCUGCCUGUAUCGCGGCGUUACACCCAGCCACCCGCCGCGUGCAGAUGGCAUCGCUAUGGGCAUCGCGCUGCCAGGGCGAGAGGAAGCUGUGCUCGUGAAACCUGAGCUGAUGUGGGACUCGCCUAUGCAAUUCACCUACGCCUUCAUCCCCGACCCAGACGAGCUCAUCAAGCCACAAGACGACCAGCGGGCCAAAGUCAAAGAGUACGUCCAAGAGUGGGCCCUCUACGCCAACGUCAGCUUCGUUGAGGUCAGCGACCCGGCCAAGGCGCUGGUGCGCAUCGCAUUCGGCAAGAAGGGGAGCUGGUCGUACGUCGGACGCAAAAUCGAACAGAUCACAGACGUGACCAAGCCUACGAUGAACCUGGGAUGGAUCAAGCCCUUCAAGGUGGGGCCAGGUGAAGCGGAGCUGGAGCGGGCGGUCAUUCUCCAUGAGUGGGGCCACACGCUCGGUUUGCUGCAUGAGCACGAGAGUCCUGCGCACGACAGUCACGCCGUCAAUAAGAAGGCGGCGUACGACUACUAUGGAGCGCCGCCCAACAACUGGACGCACGAGAUGGUCGAUCAGCAGGUCCUCGCCUUCUACGACCUGAGUGCCGUCAGCAACUUCUCGCGCGUCGACAUCCACUCUAUCAUGCACUACCCGCAGACAAAGGCCAUCACGGGUCUACCUUACGACAUCCCCUACCAGACUGAGCUAAGCGACUGGGAUCGAGCGUACAUGAUUCUCAACUAUCCCCGCGCAAGCUACCCUGACGACAAUGGCGGCUGGGACAUCGAGCGGGCCCUCAAGGCUGCAGAGCUACCAAGUGACGUCUGCAAUGCAGUCCGCAAUGCCGUGCAAGCCGAGAAACAGCCCAACGGCGAGAUCAGGCCGGAGAAGAUACGCAAUAUCCUCUCCGACUACACGCAGAAGGCCUUCGCGGGAUAUCUUGACCAGCAGAGAGGUGUGCUGCCGAAAACCUCGCCCGCCAACACUGAGACGGUCAAGCUUGUUUCGAUGGCUGAGGCUGUUAAACAGACAAUGUGCGGCACGCAGAUGGGACAAGACAAUCAGGAAGCGCUGCCUGCACUUGUCAACGGCGCUGAGCGCAUGGCCGUAAUUAUGGCUCAGACUCUACGGCCCAUUCCGCCCAUGGGCAAGCCUCUUGAACUUUCCUAUAGGGUCCUGGGCAGUAAUAGUACUGAUCUUCCUUCCAAGAGGCAGCUCGACCUGGUUAUCCAGUCUCUUGCAAGGUGGUCUAGGCCAGCGAAUGUCAACUUCACUCAAGCCUCACCCUUGACCAGCCCCGAUGACGUUGACCUUAUAGUGGCCUUCGUCCCGAGCAACGAUCCCAAAGCCUCCAACUUCUGCCGCGCAAGCGGAUGGGCAGCCGACAAGAAGCUACGACUGCAACGGCGCGGGAAUGCAGCCCGAAACCUCAAGGAACUUUUCCCAGAAUGGAAGUCGCACUUCCCUAAUGGAGAUGUCGACAUUAUUCUCCGUCACUGCCCUCCGGACGACUCCGGUCUCACCGAAGAAGAGCGAGAGAUUCGGAACCGUGUCAAUCUACGCAGCAUCACUCACGAGCUUGGCCAUGCCUUGGGCCUGCAUCACGAGCAGAUUGGCGUCUACAGUUCUCUUAUCCGCAAACCGGAGGUCCACACCAACGAUCUCAUUUCGACGAAGUACGACUUUGGCUCGCUGAUGGACGCUCGAAACCAGUCGCUAGCUACUGGAGUCAAUCAGGAGAUGGUCGAUCUCGUCGGGCUAGGUUCUGUUCCCGUCAAAAGCCUACCACCUCAAUUCCGUCGUCUGGCCAUCGCCUACGAUUUGAGCCCGUACGAUACCGCCAACAUUGCUCUGCUGUACCCGGGACCAAGGCUACUCGAGCCCGCCCAGGUCGGCAAUGGUACGCUCCUCGAGGCCUACCUUUCUUCGCUCAGCCUCGAUGUCAAGGGUAGCGCCGCAAAAAAUGCCCUCAAGAAGGCUCACGACGGCGACUGGGAGGGGGUGCGCCAGCAGUACCUGACGAUGCUCCGAGACCAGGAAGCGGACCUGAUGCCCAAGCUGAAGGCGCUGGUCGCCAAGCUCAACCUUCUUGGGCCAGAGCACUCUCUCAUUGGAGAGCCGGAGCGUGGCGGACAGCAGCCAGUCGCCCAAUCCACGGCUAGAGCAAAAGACCCCGGCGACCUUGCCGACAUCUUGUACACGAAGCUGUCGGGCGUCUUCAAGACAAGUGGUGACCAGUAUUUGGCGCUCCAGCUGCCCGCCCGCUACCUCGACAAGAACACGUUCAGCUACAAGACGGACGGCAUCUACUCGCAGUUCCUCAAGCCCACCGUCGUCAACGAGGCAGAGUUCCGCCUUACUGACCAGCUCUACGACGUGGGCAAAUUUGUCGGCGGGCCAAACGGUAAGAGCCUGUCCACCACAUACGAGGCUGUCAUCAAUAAUCUCGUGCCGCGCUCGACGAACAAGGACAUUGCCAAGGAGCGCGAAAAGUAUCGCGCUUUCCUGCUGCGGGAGGCGCCCGAUCAAGCACAGUACUUUGUCAAUGACACGCUCGUCAAGCAAAGCGGUGCCUCCGCAGCGGCCAGCAAGAGCGGUUCGAGCGACGCGACGGGCGUGCGGAUCAUCCGCGAGUCCGACGAUCCCAUUGCCGCGGCUGCUGCUGCCUUUGGUCCAGAUGUCCUCGACCAGCUGCAAGGUGCAAAGACGCCGGCUCGGGGUCGUUUGACUGACAGCGGCGCACCAUCUGGAGCUAGCGCAGCAGCGCGCUCCCUCGAGCAGUCUCUCGUAGCCUCCAGGGCCGCUCAACCGCGUAAGAUGACUCUGAUCGAGACGUCAAAUUACCUCUACUCCGAGUACGCAAACGACAAGACGCGCUGGGAGCUCGGACGAGACGACAUGGUCCGCAAAGCGAUCCGCGACUCGAAGAACGACCCAGAGGCACUCAACGAUGUGACGCGCCGUCUGGCUCACAUCUCUCAAGCGGUCAACAGUCGCCUGAGCAUGAAGUACCUCGACGCCGUCGUACGAGGUUAUUACCACGUCGUGCGCGAGAUGGUCGGACUCAUGGAUGUCAAAAGCCCCGCAGAACUCCUACAGGACGCCAAGGAUUCGUUCCGCGAGUCGGCGCUCAGCUCCGUCUUUACAGCUUCGCGGGUCUGGCCCGUCCUGAUGGGCCCGCAAGACUGGGCAGACUCGCUCGAUACCAGCUUCACCCCUCGUGACCUGAGCGAGAGCCCUGAGAUCCUACAAGGCCGCCUUCACAGCAAGACUCAGCAGCUGGAGACGCUACAGAACCAGCUGGCCCUGCUCGAUGGAGCGCAAGAGGGGGAUGUAGCGACGCUGAAAGACAAGCUCGCAAAGGCGGAGAAAGACAAGCUCGACGCCAUCUCCGCUCUCCACGCCGAGUAUGGCGCAGCGACCGUCGGAGCUGUUCAGCUCGCCUUCAAACUCUACCUCGCUGCUCAGACGGGCGGGGUCUCCCUUGUCGCUGAGGAGGGUCUGAAGAAGGCCGCGGGCGAGUUCGCGACGGCCGCCAAGGCAAGACAAGUACGCGAUGUCAGCGAGCAGACGCAGGGCGUUCUUGGCGUGCUCAACGAGAAGCAGCUGCAGGAUAUUGCCGCGUCCAGCCAGCGUGUAGACAACAAGCAGACUGCCGUCAUCGAGGCGAUCCGCAGUCAGGUUGCCAUAGGAGCGGAGCUCGCCUCUGCCAAGGCGAGCGAUACUGUCACGCAGCAGGAGGUCCUACGCAACAGGGCGACGGCCCUCGUCAAGGAGAUCGAGGACCUACAGAGCCGCUUCGACAUCGCGAUACACGCAGCCCGAGCGAGGACAGCAGCCAAGGAUACUCCUUUGGCUAACGACCCCACGCUCACCCCGCCCCUGCCCGCCGGUCGAUGGCAAGCCGUCAGCAUCUACACCAGUGUCAAGCAGUCUGCGAGCCAUCUCAGCAAGAAAGCCGACUCGUCCUCCUCAUCCUGGAAGCUCAGCCUCUGGAUCGCCUCUGCGCAGAGCGAAAGCUCCAGCGCCAGCGCGAGCCAAGCAGCGUCGUCGGACGAGAGCGAGGUCAACGUUGCAAUCGACUUCCAGGCUACGCUCGUCACCGUCGAUCGUUCUGGCUGGUUUGAUCCGGGCUUUCUGGCCAAUUCUUCCUCCUUUAUGAAGAACGAUUCGUCCUUCUCGUGGACACGGCCGCGCCAGAAAGUGGCCGAACAGCCGCCUAAUGCGAACGCUCCGCCAGCAAAGACCUUGUCAUCCGACGAGAUGACUGAGGCUAUUCGCACCGACCUAGGCUCCGUCUUUCCCUCUCAGCCGCGCUUUGGUGCUUUCCCAGCCGGCUACAUCGUCGUCAAGGACGUCAUCGUCAAAGUCGAGUCGGGCACAUCGGCAGCUGCCUCUUCCUCGUCCAAUUUCCAAGAAAAGAAGGCAAGCUCCGGCGGUUUCCUCUGCUUCAGCCACUCGAGCGGCGAGGAGCAUAGCGGCUCGCAGCAGGACAGUGUCAGCGAAGCGCGGUCGGACGGAUAUGUUGUGCGCAUCCCUGGGCCGCAGAUUUUAGGGUACAUCCAGCAACUGACGCCGGAGGACAACUCGGUGCUGUGGGACGCAGAACAGUCCAUCUUGUCCAACCUUAAUAUUCCCGACAAGCUGCCUCACCUCGUCUUCGACGACGGGACCAAGGCCUCCUCCCCUGCCCGAGGUGUAGUAGCGCCAAGGGACACACCUUCUCAUGCGCCGGAGCAGCCCGCCAUCGCGUCCGCGUCGGCAGACGAUACCUCGAGCAAGAGCAGGAGUGCCGAGCCUCAGGCAGCCCCCCUCGGCCCUGCUGCGGAGGUUGUUCGUCCGGCCUACGGAGUGUGGAGGGAGGAGUGAGCUAACCCAGCGACGCGUGGUGGAACUUUACUUUCUGAUUGCGAUACGAAGCCUCCUUCUUCCGAAGUGCCUGUGCGUCGUGUGAGAUUAACGAAACGGUGAUCACUGCGCUGCGCUCGCAGUCUUUGUCUUACUGAGUGGACAGUGUGACAAAAGGAACAACAGUGCCCUGCACAGCUCUUGCACUCGUC